GAGUAGCCUCGCGCGCGGGCUCUUGCCAGCUCUGCUGCUGCUGCCCGCCCCCUCGGCCUCGGCGCUGACGCUCCUGGCCAGCGCCCCGGCGGGCGCGUGGCAGGGCGACGUGCUGGUCGCGGGCUCGGAGGCGCCUCGCGAUGCCGGGCUGGGCGCUGCGGCCGAUUGGCCGGCGACCGCCGAGCAGGCCCCCAGCCUGUCCGACGCGGCGCUGGGAAGGCUGGGCGGGGCCUCCGGGCCGCCCGCGGCCGCGAGGGUGGAAGGAGCCCCGGGUGCGCGGGGCCUGGCGCCCAUCGCGGAGGAGGGCCAGUGGAGGCUCGGCCACCUCGUGCCGGGGGCCGCCGUGCCGUUCGUCGUCUGCGCGGUCUACGUCCUGUUCUCCGUUGCCAUCGAUCUGUCGAUCGCGGUGCAGAAGAAGCCAGGCUACGCGUUCAACCCGACGUGCGCGGUGCUCGUGACUGAGGCGGUCAAGCUCUGCCUGUCUGCAGCAGUGUACGCGGUGUCGAUGUGGGGGGGCGAAGCCCGGGUUGGUCCCGCUGAGGUCUCGUUCUCGGACAUUUGGUGUAUGGCCAUGCCCGCAUGCAUUUAUUCGGUGAACAACAUUCUGGUAUAUCAUGCCAUACAGCAGAACAACAUGGGUGACUUUGGGAUCUUCCGCGACACCGUAAUCAUCUGGACUGCAUGUGUGUGGCGGUGUGUCUUCAGAGUGCCACUGGGGAACACUCGCCUCGUGGGCAUAAUCGUGGUCUUCAUUGGGCUGGUGUUUAAUAAACUCUUCUCGACAUUUGUCUCUGGUACUUUCUCCUGGCGCUUCAUGUGGGUCGUGGCAAUGACGCUCUGCAACGCAGUCGGGAGUGUUGCGAACGAGUACGCGUUAAAGCGAAACAGUGGCCUCGACAUAAACGUGCAGAACAUUCUCCUGUACGCAUUCUGCACGCUGUUUACGGCAAUGAUCCUUUUGGUCACCGACCCGCACGCGUAUUCCAGCUCUCUGGUCGCUGGGUUCUCCAGCAGCACGUGGCUGACUGUUGGCCUCCAGUCUAUCGUCGGGCUGCUGAUCUCGCGGCUUCUGAAGUACGCCGACUCUGUAAUGAAGUCCAUCGCCACGUGUCUCCGUGGCCCCGUGGUGGUCAUUGCCGCACCCGCCGUCACCCACAUCCCAGCAACCCCAGUUUCUUGCGUAUCGGCGGCGAUAGUGGCCAGCGGCUGCUUCAUGUACCUCACCCAGGGGCCGAUCAGCGCCAAGGCCAAG